AUGUUGUUAUUAUUCUCUGGCCCCAUAGAAUCGGCGGACAUUUCUCACUAUCGCAUAGACGCUUCGCGAUUUCUUGCUCAGUCGCAGUCGCGGUUAGGACCUCGCCACAAUGAACCGCGUAGGGACUACCGUCUCACACAGCAGGAAAAUACUCACUUACUAUCCUCUCGCCCUUUCUUACCGCGAAUGACAGUCGAUCCGUACCAGCCCACUGCCUCCCAAACCUCUAACUUCCGUAUUGGUUCGCGGAGUUUAAUUCAGCCUGCGCCUCUUUUUUACAGUGCCGCCGACGAGUUUCGCGAAGAUGAUGAAAACGAGUGUGAGCGUGAAAUUGCCGACUUCUAUGCAUUGCAAAAGUCGAGACGCCAUUUUGGGAGCAUUCACCUGAGGGAUUCCUCGGAGAUGGAUGAGGAUGAUAUUAGCACCUUUCAUGAACACAAGCUUCCUAACAGUAAUGCGUCAAGGAAGAGCAAAGGGAUAAGAAGUUCAUGGCGUGAUAGUGAAUCUAAUCGUGGUAGACACAAUGCGACUGCUGACACUGCUCGAAAAAGCACUCAGAACGGUGGUUCUAGCUGCAGGGCCAGGGAAAACUUGUUCAAUGUUCGUCUUGAUGACACAAUAGGCUUUGACUACUACAUGGAUAAGGCAAGCUCUGAAACGGGUGAUGAUGACCCUCCAUCUAUUCAACGAUUCAGAGAGCAGCCUGGGUACCGCAAAGGUAGUCUAGGGAUAGACUCAUCUUUCAUACCCACAGAAACAGACAAGCGAACUCGGUUGGAAUCUGGUCUCCCAGAGAUUCCCUCGGAUUCUUGUCAGGCGUCAGCUCCACUAGGAUCGUUGGAAUCGCCAGCUUACGAUGCCUUUUGGGGACAUCUUUUUUUAACCGCUCUGGCCUGUCUUCUCGCCACUGCGUUUCUUGUGUAUCUUCACACUUCUGCCCCAUCAGGGGACAGAUCUAAAUGGGGGGAUACGGUUUACCUAACUAUUCAUGGAUCAUUCUAUCUCCUUGCGGUUUAUACCGCUAUUUCAAUUCUCAUAUCAUUGGUUUGGCUUGCCCUACUACGGUCCCACGUGCGCCAGCUGGUGUACGUGGUCAUGUUUGCCGUCCCAGUGAUCUUAUAUUCAUUCUCCCUUUACACGUUUUUCUCAAGCUUUAAAGGUGCCUGGCAUGGUAUUAGCAUUCAGGACAAACUAAUGAGAUGGGGUUCUAUUGUUCCAUUCCUCCUGGGUAGUAUGUGGACAUACAAUGUUAUUCGAGGCCGCCAUGCUAUCGGCAGGGCAAUCGAAGUACUGGAGUUCGCAUGUCGCAUACUUGCCGCAAACAUUGAAUUGCUGGCUCUUGGCCUCGGCAUUCUCAUCUUUAUUGUUUUGUGGACCUGGAUAUGGAUGCUUAUGUUCACUAGGGUGUUCUUGGUUGGACACGUUUCGGAAUCGAAGUUUUUCAUCAACCUUAGCAGUUGGUGGCUAGGGGCUUAUUUUAUCAUCGUUUAUUUAUGGUCUCUGGGAGUUGUUGCUGGUAUCCAGCGUGCCGUCACCGCUGCAACAGUAAGCCAGUGGUAUUUCCAUCGCCUCGCACGUCCAGCUCCAACAUCUAGGCAGGUAGUACAAGCGGCAAUAGUUCAUUCUUUAACAGCUUUAUUUGGCACAAUCUGCCUUUCCCGACUGGUUGCGUUGUCAGUUCGACUCCCUUUUGUCCUGCUACCGAGUCGUAUUACGUCGGUUUUAAGCCUAUUUGCUUAUUCACUUGUUCCUACCCCGAUAGUUGCUCUCACAGACCCUCUUGCACUUACCUACGGAGCAAUUCAUUCACAGCCACUUGUUAUCUCUGCAUGUGGUCUUGCUCGGAUACAUCUCUCGCCGCGAAUAACUACACCUACACCAGCACUGCAUCCGCGAUCUUGGUCGCAUGAAGGCGUAGCCCACCUUGAUUCCUACCGAAUUUCAAAGCUUAUUUUACAUGCCGCUCGCCUUAUGACGUCUUUGGCGCUUGGAUUUGGGGGGUGGGUAUCCGCUGCCCGAAACUUGGGUGUUGGUGGAGUCAGAGGCAGUAUGUAUGCUUACUUGGUUGGGUUGAUUGCAGGAACAAUUGGCUGGAGCGUCCUGGGGGCAAUAGAAGGUAUUAUUGCUGAUAUAGUAGAUGCUUCUGUCAUCUGUUGGAGCAGCGAAACUGGAACUAAUGGCGGAGAGGCUAGGUAUUGUCGGGAAGCUGGCUGGCUCUUUGGCAACGAGCCAAAAGUGGGUGGCAGCCAAGCCUGA